AUGUCGACAGUGAUCGGAUUAGAAGAUUUAAUCCAGCAUAUAAAUAUUGUGUACCCAAACAGACUAGAGAGACUCAGCGACGAGAGUUCAGAAGAAUGUCCAAACCAUGAUGGUAUGACAUCACUUUCCAGAAGUCAGGUGAUGCCAUUGAAUUUGACCGACAUCAAAAAAGAACAAAGACGAUUGGCUGCUUUAAUGGAUAUCAAAUCACGUGAUCCUCUUUUUGGGGUGCCAAAGCCUCAGGUUCGCCAGGUUCAUCCAGCUCCAAAGAAAAGAUGCAUCAUCUGCAGCUUGCCGAAAGUGGACCGCAAAUCGUUCAGCAGAGGAAGUUUUGGACCAUGGGCGGGAAUAGCGAUACCUCGGAUCCCAGAAACUGAGAUCUAUAAUGUUGACGAUACUGAAGAUGACAGAAAUCCAGAUGGUUGUCAACACCGAUAUUCGGAUGGAGCGGAGCUAUUCGGGAACUACUCAUCGAACUCUUUCCAAUUGCCGACCUUAGAGGCGGAGAUCAUUUUGGACGAGACGUCGAUGCGUCUUACGAAGGACAGAUUCAAGCUGCCUCCCAUCUUUGACGCUUCUUCGAGUUCUCCUGAUCGCGGGCAGCUGCUCGCCUUAUCCAGUGACAAGACGUUCUUCAAUACGACACCCAGGGGAAUUAACUAUGAUACGUAUAGCGGAGCCUUCAGUGGAUCCACACGUUCGUCUUUCUUGUCAAGGAUCCAGGAAUCCGCAACUCCCCUUCAAAGUCGAACGGAACGACGUCAACCCGUCAGGCGUAACACUAUCUCUGAGAGUGACUUACCUACGAGGGGCUUUACCGACGAGAAACGGAGCAGAGAUCGACGGAGGCGAGUCAGUACCCAGUCCAUGGAGAGUGUAGAUAUUCCAAGUUCAGCUACGUUGCGGUACCAUCACCGUCAGCCAAGCGAUUUACUUCCGGUUCCGCUUAACACACCGGACACGCAGCUCUCAGAGCAGAACUAUAAUGACUUUACCUACUCUAAAAGAGAGCUCACUUUCGAAUUCGUCCGAGAUGGAUCGUCUGUUUAUUCAAGGGACACAACUCAAAUAGAGACACCAGACGACGUUUGGUCUCGAGUUCAGUCGGCAUCCUGGUGUAAAUGUUCUAACGUGGACUUUUCAAAGACGAGGUGCUCCGAAUGUUUGAAAAUCGGUGGACAUCAACGUUGGUGCAUUUCAAAGCUUGGGUUGUGUCCGGCUUGUGGUAAGGUGGUGAAGACGUCGAUGAGUGUCGUUGGAGAGCGGCGUGUCAGCAGAUCACCUACGUUUACAUUUACCAGGGAGCGAUCUAAUCGGUCGCCGCCUUUCAGUCCGCGGAGAGAAGCGAUGGAUCACGGAGCAGAUACUACUUCCGGUCCGCAUCACGCUGCAAGGUCCAAACCACCGAGUGCGGAACUGAAGGUUCGAUUUUCCGGCACUGACCAAGUUCGACCGAUCUCGCCACUCGAGUCUAGAACAUUUGAAGUAGAAAAUGAAGAUGAAGAUGAUGAUGCGGACACGCAGGCAGUGGUUAUGGAAGAAAGCCUCGCACAUAACCCGAAAUCCAAAAGACAAAAACCUAAACCAUCACCACGACCAUCUCAUCCGCCAGACAUCCACAAACAUGCUUACGAACUAGCUCUAUCGGACUCUCGCGUUCUCAAACACAAAAAGGAAAAAGAUUUUGAAAAGACUUUCACUAAUUCUUUGACCAAUUCCCUAUUUUCGUACUUUCCAAAAUGGCGGCGUCCACAGUCAAAAUCUAUCCCACCGGAAGCUAUCGGGUUAAGAGAUCCGGACAAACAAAAUGGCGGUAAAAUUAAAGUGAAAAAGGGAAUGAAACACAUUUUGGGGAAAAUUAAAAUUGAGGACUAUUAUGGAAGAGGCAAGAAGUCGAAAUGA